GUACCUCAGAGACUAUUGCAGCUCGCUUCGGGACGAGCGGUCCAUUUGGACUCCACAUUGUUCUCCCCAAGUUGAGAGCUACAAACUCUGUAAGUGGAGCUAAAGGGUUUUAAGACCCGGGGGCCGACGCCUCCACGAACUAUAGUCCCUGGGAGUAGGCAACUUGAACAAAGUUCCUGCCAUUCUAUCCACCAGAGGAAGAAGGAAACUGAGGAUUUGGACAAAGGCCUGCUGGCUUAAGAAUCUAAGACACAGCGCCUAUUGAAACAGCUGGAGGAGUUCCCCAGCUCCACGUGUGGAACGCUGAGAAAAACCUCUUAAGUGCCAAACAUCGGUUUGGAAUAUUACAGUAACUGAAGACUGCUUCAUCUGCUUGGGCCUCCUGGCCUGACAUCAAGUGUCAAGAAUGGCUCAGAGCAGCAACUCUAGUGGAUCACAGUAUGCACUUUCUGCAUUGGGCAUCGGCCUUAUUGCACUGGGCAUUGUGAUGAUCGUUUGGACCAUGGCACCUGGUAACAGUAUUACAAUGGGCAACAGCAGUAAACCUGAUUCAGGAACGGACGCUACCAAAGGGAAGACCACCUCAAUUGCCUUUGUACUACUUGGUGCUGGUGUAGUCAUGUUGCUGCUUGCCAUCUGUUUGACAGUAAGAAAUAAAAGGACUCAGCGACGACGAGAGGCCACCCCACCAAACAUUCACUAUGAUGAAAACAGACCCCCUCAGGCAGCUGGGAGAAUAGAAGAAGUUCCAAGAGCAGUGUAUGAUGUCCCCAGUUACGAGGAGGUGGUUGGGAGUGCAGAAUACCCUGUGAGACAAAGCAACCUUCCAGCUGCCUCACUACCCUCCUAUGAAUCUCUGGUCGAUGCAGACGCAGUAUUGACAGCUAUGCCAGCUACAUCAGCUACAGAUGCACCAGUUGUCACCCAGACCACCCAGCAGCAGCUUCCACCCCAACAACAAUCUGGCCCUCAAAACCAGCGUCCAAGCAGAAGGCUGAGGCCACUUAAAAUCCGUCGCAUAAUGUCAGAGAAACUGCACCUGAAAGACAUAAGGCUCAACGUUGAAACACACAACCAAAACAAGCUGGUCAGCAUUGAGCCUCUGACACCACCACCCCAAUAUGAUGACACUAUCAUGGACAAGAUCCCUGGGCCAUCAGUCUAAGCAGAAAA